GGGGAGGGCGCUCGGAUGUGAAGGAUCUUGGCGGCUCUAGGUGCCCAGAGAAGCGGCGACGCGGCUGAUGACAGCAUUAGGCCGCGACGCGCUCCGGGCCGUGCAGUGCUUGGAGCGGUAGCCCGAGCGGCUGCAGUGUUAGUUUUUACCGCGGCAGUAGCCGCAGCCAGUAUUGGGCAGACGGGUGUGAGGUGGACCCGCCCUUGCCGGAGGAGCCCGCCCUUGCCGGAGGAUCGUGCGCCCGGAGUUCCCGCCCCCCUCGCGUGCAGAGGCGGCAGCGCCUCCGCGGCAGCGAGCCAGCGCCCUCGGUCUGGGCUCGAGCCCUAGCUACCGCCGGCGAUAGCAGCCGAGAGAAGUUGGGGUCCGCCCGGGCGCGUGCAGGGCCUCGGAGGAACCGGCCCCCUGCUCCCCGCCUCUCCGGGGGUUCCGCACCGGGUUUUCAAAUUUACAGGAUGGCUAAACAUUAAUGGAAAGAGAAGCAUAAACUUACCUUCUUUCACUAUGGAUGCAGGUUUGGCAGAUGGAGAACCGGAUCAAACUUUGAUCUUGCCAUAUUCAGAAGUUGCUGAAGUUCAAGAGACACUUCUUGGUGAUAGCAAAGAUGUCCUUGGGCCAUCAACUGUGGUAGCAAACAGUGACGAAUCUCAACUUCUGACACCAGGAAAGAUGAGUCAGCGCCAAGGGAAAGAAGCUUACCCAACGCCAACCAAAGAUUUGUAUCAGCCAUCUUUUAGUCCAGCAAGUCCUCAUAGUCAGGGUUUUGAAAGAGGAAAGGAAGACAUUUCUCAAAAUAAAGAUGAAUCUUCACUUUCUAUGUCAAAGAGCAAGUCUGAAUCUAAACUUUACAAUGGCUCGGAGAAAGAUAGUUCUGCUUCAAGCAAGCUGACAAAAAAAGAAUCUCUCAAGGUGCAAAAGAAAAAUUACCGAGAAGAAAAGAAAAGAGCCACAAAGGAGUUACUAAGUACAAUCACAGAUCCUUCUGUUAUUGUUAUGGCUGAUUGGUUGAAGAUUCGUGGAACUCUAAAGAGCUGGACCAAGUUGUGGUGUGUUUUGAAACCCGGAGUGCUACUGAUUUAUAAAACCCAAAAAAAUGGUCAGUGGGUAGGAACAGUCCUUCUGAAUGCCUGUGAAAUCAUUGAACGUCCAUCAAAAAAGGAUGGCUUUUGUUUCAAACUUUUUCAUCCUUUGGAACAGUCUAUUUGGGCAGUGAAGGGUCCAAAAGGUGAAGCAGUUGGAUCUAUAACUCAGCCCUUACCUAGCAGUUACCUGAUCAUCCGAGCUACUUCAGAGUCAGAUGGAAGGUGCUGGAUGGAUGCUUUGGAGUUGGCUUUGAAAUGUUCUAGUCUUCUUAAACGUACAAUGAUCAGGGAAGGAAAGGAACAUGACCUGAGCAUUUCAUCAGAGAGUACACAUGUGACUUUGUAUGGCUUAUUACGUGCUAACAAUCUCCACAGUGGUGACAACUUUCAGUUAAAUGAUAGUGAAAUUGAACGACAGCAUUUUAAGGACCAAGAUAUGUAUUCUGAUAAAUCUGAUAAAGAAAAUGACCAAGAGCAUGAUGAUUCUGAUAAUGAGGUGAUGGGGAAAAGUGAAGAAAGUGACACAGAUACAUCAGAAAGGCAAGAUGACUCUUACAUAGAACCUGAGCCCAUUGAGCCUUUAAAGGAGACUACCUACACUGAACAGAGCCAUGAAGAACUUGGAGAGGCAGGUGAGGCUUCUCAAACAGAAACUGUGUCUGAAGAAAACAAAAGCCUUAUCUGGACACUGCUGAAACAAGUCCGUCCUGGCAUGGACCUGUCCCGGGUGGUUCUGCCUACAUUUAUUUUGGAACCUCGUUCUUUCCUGGAUAAACUUUCAGAUUACUACUACCAUGCAGAUUUCCUAUCUGAGGCUGCUCUUGAAGAAAAUCCUUAUUUCCGUUUGAAGAAAGUAGUGAAAUGGUAUUUAUCAGGAUUCUAUAAAAAGCCAAAGGGACUGAAGAAACCUUACAAUCCUAUACUUGGUGAGACUUUCCGUUGUUUGUGGAUUCAUCCCAGAACAAACAGCAAAACUUUUUAUAUUGCUGAACAGGUGUCCCAUCAUCCACCAAUAUCUGCCUUUUAUGUUAGUAACCGAAAGGAUGGAUUUUGCCUUAGUGGUAGUAUCCUGGCUAAGUCCAAGUUCUAUGGAAACUCCUUAUCUGCAAUAUUAGAAGGAGAAGCACGAUUAACUUUCUUGAAUAGAGGUGAAGAUUAUGUCAUGACAAUGCCAUAUGCUCAUUGUAAAGGAAUUCUUUAUGGCACAAUGACACUGGAGCUUGGUGGAAUAGUCAAUAUUACAUGUCAGAAAACUGGAUACAGUGCAAUACUUGAAUUCAAACUAAAGCCAUUUCUAGGUAGUAGUGACUGUGUUAAUCAAAUAUCAGGGAAACUUAAAUUGGGAAAAGAAGUCCUAGCUACUUUGGAAGGCCAUUGGGAUAGUGAAGUUUUUAUUAAUGACAAAAAGACUGAUAAUUCAGAGGUUUUCUGGAAUCCAACACCAGACAUUAAGCAGUGGAGAUUAAUAAGGCACACUGUAAAAUUUGAAGAGCAGGGAGAUUUUGAAUCAGAGAAACUCUGGCAGCGGGUAACUCGAGCCAUAAAUGCCAAAGACCAAACAGAAGCUACUCAAGAGAAGUAUGUUUUAGAAGAAGCUCAAAGACAAGCUGCCAGAGAUCGGAAAACAAAAAGUGAAGAGUGGACAUGCAAGUUAUUUGAGCUUGAUCCACUCACAGGAGAAUGGCAUUACAAGUUUGCAGAUACUAGACCAUGGGACCCCCUUAAUGAUAUGAUACAGUUCGAAAAAGAUGGUGUUAUCCAGACCAAAGUGAAACAUCGCACUCCAAUGGUUAGUGUCCCAAAAAUGAAACAUAAGCCAACCAGGCAACAGAAGAAAGUGGCAAAAGGCUAUUCCUCCCCAGAACCUGAUAUCCAGGACUCAUCUGGAAGUGAAGCUCAGUCAGUAAAACCAAAUACAAGAAGAAAGAAAGGGAUAGAACUGGGAGACAUUCAAAAUUCCAUCGAAUCUAUAAAACAAACACAGGAAGAAAUUAAAAGAAAUAUUACGGCUCUUCGAAAUCAUUUAGUUUCAAGCACACCUGCCACGGAUUAUUUUCUGCAACAAAAAGACUACUUCAUCAUUUUCCUCCUGAUUUUGCUUCAAGUCAUAAUAAACUUCAUGUUCAAGUAGAAGUUCUUCACAGUUGAAUCAGUGAACUGGAAUGAUCAGAUUUGGCCUGGGACCAAAUGUUCAAGUUGCUUUGGUCUUUAUUAAAAGUCACAAUAUUUCUAAAACAAAAAUCUUAGAGAUAAAUGUAGAGGUGUUGACCUUUCAUACCUUUUAUCCUUAACCUGAAAUAAGAACUAUUGGUUAUUAAAGUGAGCUAUGUGUUAAGUGCCAGAACAUUUCUAGCUUUUGUGACAAUGUGUUUACAUGUGAGUGUGAUAAAUCCACAUGUAUACACAAUUGUGUCUUAUGUAUACCUGACAGUAGUCUUUGCAUUCUGUAGUAUGUUCUGAGAUAUAGCAUUAACACUCUUAUGAAAUAUAUAUAGCAGUCUAUUUUCUUCAUAAAAUAGGCACAAGACUUUUAUCAAUAAGGAAUUACAGAAUGGGAAAUGAUGGCAUAAUUGACAUAAAUAGUUCAAAACACUGUCCUGUUUCCAAAAAAAAAAAAAAUCAUUUCCAAAGCACCCAUAUCAGUUGUCUUAGAAACAGCAAGAAAAAAGUGUAGUCAGAAUUGAUGUACUGAGAGAGACAAGAUGGCGAACUGCUUUUUUAAAAGUUUACACAUGACUUUUUUUAACCCCUAGAAUUUAAUAUUUAUAGAUACAGGUAUAAAUGUAUGUGUGUGUAUAUCAACAUAAAAAUUGGUAUGCAACUAUUUGGAUCUGUUCAUUAUAUUUUUCUUAUACCUAUAGAAUACCACCUUCAUCACUUGCUUAAAAAAGCAUGGUCAAAAUUUAUUGCUGUCCUUUUUUCUUAUUUCUGUUUUUUGUAACUCCAUUGGUCCAAUAACAUAGGUCAAAUUCUGGAGAUGUUUAUAAGACAUAUGAAAUUCUGAUAAUUUACAUUUUUUCAUUAUGAAAAACAUAUUUUAGCUUUUGUUUAGACCCUAGUGUGUUCAGUGAACAAAUAGAAGAGAAAAAAUUAUAACCUAUAUUUUAUUUCAAAAGCCAAAUAAGAGAAAGGUGAUAAGAAAAGACACUUUGUGUGGUAGCAUUUAUGUGUAUAUUAAAAUUGGUUUCUUUAAAAUGUGCAAUAAGUUGAGCAUUUAAGAAGAACAUCAAGUUCUGAGGUUUAAUUCCUUACUCUCCUCUUCUGUUCUGAGCAACUUCAUUCUGUGAUAAAACAACAAUUCUUCAAGAUUUUUUUUGUUCAGGCUCAGACAAACUUUUUCCUAAUUUUUGGGGGGAGGGGUUAAUAUUUUUACUUUUUGUCAUAAAUAUUUACAGUCCUCAGAAGCAAUGUUUGCAAAUGUAGUUAAGCUUAGGAACUUGUCCUAAGAUAUAUCUCAGAAUCCUGAAAGUGUAGAUUUCGAAGUGGCUAUUAAUGAAAAUAAAAGUCAGAGUAACUAUUCUGGGGGCGCCUGGGUGGCAUAGCAAUUAAGCGUCUGCCUUCGGCUCAGGGCGUGAUCCCGGCGUUAUGGGAUCGAGCCCCACAUCAGGCUCC